AUGUCAUUUAGUAAAAACCAACUAACCGAACUUCCCGAAUGGAAGAAGUUGCAGGAACAUUAUGCUGAUGUAGCAUCGCAUACCCACAUGAAAGCGUUAUUUAAAGAGGAUCCUUCUAGAUUCAAUAAGUUCAGUUUAAAUCUAGAUACUGGCAAUGGCAAAAUUCUCUUCGAUUUUUCGAAGAAUAUCGUAACUGAAGAAACAAUGAAAUUAUUACUCGAUCUGGCCCGAGCGUGUGGGACAGAGGAAGCAAGAAAAGCUAUGUUUACUGGAGAAAAGAUUAAUAUCACUGAAAAUCGAGCAGUUUUACAUAUUGCUUUAAGAAAUCGAUCAAACUCUCCAAUUUAUGUUGACGGCAAAAACGUCAUGGAGGAUGUUAAUCGUGUUUUAAAUCAUAUGAAGGAAUUCACCGAGUACGUGAGAUCUGGCAGGUGGAAAGGAUAUACGGGAGAAGCAAUCACUGAUGUCGUUAAUAUUGGUAUUGGCGGUUCGGAUCUGGGACCUGUCAUGGCAACUGAAGCAUUGAAACCUUUUGGGGACGGUCCCCGAGUUCACUUCGUGUCCAAUGUUGACGGAACACAUCUUGCAAUGAAACUUGCCAAUCUAGAUCCUGCCAAAACUCUCUUCGUUAUUGCCUCAAAGACCUUCACAACUCAGGAAACAAUAACCAAUGCAAAUUCAGCAAAGGCAUGGCUCCUGAAUGUAGCAAAAGAUGAAGCGGCAAUUGCGAAGCACUUCGUAGCUCUAUCAACCAAUAAGGUUUCAGUUGAAAAAUUUGGCAUUGAUUCCAGUAAUAUGUUCGAAUUUUGGGAUUGGGUAGGAGGACGAUAUUCUAUGUGGUCCGCUAUUGGUUUAUCUAUCGCUCUUAAUAUUGGUAUGAAAAAUUUUGAAGACUUCUUAGCUGGUGCUCACGCUAUUGAUAAGCACUUUACCACUGCACCACUACACCAAAAUGUACCUGUAAUAAUGGCAGUUCUCGGUAUUUGGUAUAAUAAUUUUUUUAAUGCACAAAGUCAUGGGAUCCUUCCUUAUGAUCAAUAUAUGCACAGAUUUGCGGCGUACUUUCAGCAAGGGGAUAUGGAAUCAAAUGGUAAAGGUGUAGAUAGGAAUAGCAACAGGAUCAAUAAUUAUUCUACCGGUCCCAUAGUUUGGGGAGAGCCAGGAACAAACGGUCAACAUGCUUUUUAUCAACUCAUUCAUCAAGGUACGAAAUUGAUUCCUUGUGACUUUUUGGCCCCUAUCAAAACUCAUAACCCAAUCUCUAAUGGAUUACAUCAACAGCUCCUUUUGGCAAAUUUUUUGGCACAAACUGAAGCUUUAAUGAAAGGAAAAACAGAGGAAGAAGCAAGAGCAGAGCUAGUUGCAUCGGGAAUUGGUGGUCAGAGUUUGGAACGACUAUUACCUCACAAAGUAUUUUUGGGUAAUCGCCCGACCAACUCUAUUCUUUUUGACAUGCUCACUCCUGCUACUUUAGGUAGUUUAGUCGCUUUAUAUGAGCACAAGAUUUUCGUGCAAGGCGUUAUUUGGAAUAUUAAUUCAUUUGAUCAAUGGGGGGUGGAACUCGGUAAACAAUUAGCCAAGGUUAUUCAAAAAGAACUGGUUGGAACAGAACCAGUCACUAAUCACGAUUCGUCUACCAAUGGGCUUAUUAAUCAUAUAAAGCAACAUUAUAGUUAA